UUUUAAAAAAGUGAGUUUUACGAAAUUACAUAAAAUUCGGUCUCACUCCACCUCGUGUACGCUAUAUGCUCGGUGGUCUCUAUAAAUUUUUUCCUGACGCCCCGCCGUCCGCGUUCCCAACGUAUUACGUCACACGUGAGCGCGCAUACAUUGCGGAAGUAAAAGAGAAUAAAUAAAAAAUCCCCACACAGCCAGGGACCUAUUUUGGGAUCCAAACUCUGAGUGAGCUGUCCGUCAUGCUUGGGGGUGGGUUCAAAGCAGAGAGACUUCGGGUCAACCUUCGGCUGGUUAUUAACCGCCUCAAACUGCUUGAGAAGAAGAAAACUGAAUUGGCGCAAAAAGCUCGGAAGGAAAUAGCAGAUUACCUGUCCUCUGGGAAGGAUGAACGGGCACGGAUCCGUGUGGAGCACAUUAUCCGUGAGGACUACCUGGUCGAAGCCAUGGAGAUCCUGGAGCUGUACUGUGACCUUCUGCUGGCACGCUUUGGGCUCAUCCAGUCCAUGAAGGAGCUGGAUCCAGGCCUGCAGGAAGCUGUGUCAACUCUGAUCUGGGCUGCUCCACGUCUGCAGUCUGAAGUGUCUGAACUGAAGAUAGUGUCUGACCAGUUGUGUGCAAAGUACAGCAAGGAGUAUGGCAAACUGUGUAGGACAAACCAGAUUGGAACAGUCAACGACAGGCUGAUGCAUAAACUGAGUGUGGAGGCCCCACCCAAGAUCUUGGUGGAACGGUACCUCAUUGAGAUCGCUAAGAACUACAAUGUGCCCUAUGAGCCGGAUGCCAUGGUCAAGCCUGAGGUGGCUUUUGGCGAGGAGGCGGACCUCAUUGAUGUGGACAAUGACAGCAAGAAGCCUGGGGUUGGGGGUAGUGGUGGGGGUGGGUUCACAGCCCCAGCAGCAGCUGUGCCCAUGCCUGUUGGUUUCAACAUUCCCCCUCCCAGCGGACCAGAGCCUUUCAGCGGUCCUGUUGGAACAUAUGAUGGCUUUGCUAACUUCCAGCCCCCUGUGAGAGGAGGGCCUCCUCCCCAAUUGCCAAGCUGCCCCCCCACCUAUGAAUCUAUUGAUGAACUUGCCAUCAAACCUUCCAGUCCUCCCCCAGUGUCUGGCCCAUCCCAGGUAUAUGACAAUGCCGGUCUACCUGAGCUCCCCUCAGUUCCUGACACACUACCUGCCUCUUCCUUUGGUGGAAAUGCUGCUUCUUCAGAUGACAUCGACUUUGAUGACCUCUCACGGCGCUUUGAGGAGCUGAAGAAGAAGACCUAGGCCUUCAUUUAAAGAGAGGGUGUUGCCCAGCUCAGAUUUACUAUGGGUUCUGUUUUGCAGUAAAGCUUUCCUCACUAUCUUCUCACUAGAUGCCUGUGCUACCCUACCUUUUUCAAACAUGAUGAAGGCAUCGCACUGACUGCUUGGGUGGGAUAUUAGUUCUCACCUCUGCAAUUAGCCUGUUCUCAGAAUGACUGACUUUGCUGACACCAACACGUGAGGUGCAAAAUUGGAGGGAAUUCAUAUCUAUCCAUAGUCCACCAUCAAAGCUUUUACAAAAAAAGAAACCUGCCUCGAAGCCAUGUCACACAGCCAAUGUUUUUUCUUUUUUUCUUAAACAUCUCCUGCACUUAGCAACCCAUCUCUAGUGUAGUCAUUCAGUGAAAU